CUGACCAAUCCGGUAACGCAGACCCUCCGGACAAAUUGCUGGAAAGCACGUGGCGGCAGGUGGCCUGGGUGCCCGCGGGUGUUGCGUUUUGCUUGGCUUCGCUCUGAUGAAGACCUGGCCUAUGGAUUCGAGGAGCAAGCUGGAAGUUGUCAUGCCCUUUCUGGGCAAGUAUCGUCCAUUUGUUGGGCGCUGCUGCCAAAGGUGCACUCCCAAAAGCUGGGAAUCCUUUCACAAGCAUUUUACCUCUCUGGGGUUUUGCAAUGUAAUCAAGGUAACAGAAGAAAACACCAGGUACAGAGGCUGGCUGGUAAGGAGAAUCUCCUAUUUCCUGGCAGUAUGUGACUGGCAGUUCUACAAUGGUGCUCCUAGCAAUCUGGAAGAAAAAAUUUUCCACAGCAAGAGGAUACAGGACAUUGUGUCUCAGAAGGGGUCCCCAGGGAAGGGAGAUGCACCAGUGGCCAGUGUGUCUGUAGCUCAGUGGAUGAAAGACAUUCACAGAAUUCUCUGUCAGAUACAGUCGUCUCUUUCCCCUUUCCUACUAAGGCUUUGCAGCUGGGCUUUGCUAAAACUCCUGAAUCAGAUGUUCCUCAACGUGAUACUCCACAAGGGGCAACUGGAGAUGGUGCGCAGGGCUGUAAAGAUGGUGGAUGUUCCUGUGGUUUUUCUAUCAAGUCACAAAUCUGAGCUGGAUGGUUUGUUGCUUCCACUUCUUCUAGUUUCUCAGGGCCUCAGCAUGCCCAGAGUAACUUGGGAAUAUAAAACCUAUACCUCAAAGCACAGGGCUUGGCUCACUCACUUAGGAGGGGUGUUUCUGCCACCAGCAGUGGAGCAGACGCCAGACAGCAGGAUGGGUGUGCUAUCCAGAGCUGUCCUAGCUUCAUAUCUUGAGGAGCUGCUGCUGAGCAGGCAACAAUUGCUGAUCUUCUUGGAAAAGCCAUUCUCUGGUGUCCCACAACUCUCUGCCUCUGGUAGGGAGUGGCUGGCCCUGGUGUUCAAUGCUUUGCAAACAGGAACUGUUCCAGAUGUCCUAAUGGUUCCCAUGGGACUCUCCUAUGACGUAGCCCCUGGUUUGAUUUGUAGCGGACAAGUGAACCAUGACAAGCCCCAUAGUCUCUGGAUGUUGCUCUGGACCAUCUGCCAAGCUGCUUUUCAAGGGCGUGGCUGUGUCCGGGUCGAUUUUGCUCAGCCUUUCUCUUUGCAGGAGUAUAUAGAAAAUAGUGUCUUCAGACAAAGCCAUUCAGGAAAACAUCUAGAGGAAUUGCUGCUACCAGAAGUACUUGGCAAAUGCCCCAUGAUCCUGGACUGUGAGAAAUUGGAAUACCGGUCAUCAGACUCCUAUGGUGUUGUCGAGCUGAACACGAAGCAGCAAACCUUGGUGGACAAUUUGAGCCUCCAUUCUUUGAGCACUGCUGUGUCCUGCUCUGCCAUCAUGGCUGUGGGAAUCACCUCUGCACUCCUCCUGCACAAGCACCAAGAGGGAGUCUUCCUGUCAAAGCUGAUGCAAGACUUUGUCUGGCUCACUGAGGAGAUUCUGCUGCGGAACCGUGACGUGGGGUUCUCUGGGCAGGUGCGGCACGUGGUGCUUCAUUCUCUUUUCCUGCUGCGACACUGUGUCUCCCUCCACUGCCUCUCACUGGGGGAUGUCCUAGUGGCUCCCAGGAGAACAGAGUCUGCUGUGACAGAGCUGAGCAGACACAGCGCUGCCCUCCUGCCCGUCUUCAUCCAGGAAGCUGUUGCGGCCUGUGCUAUCAACGCCCUCUUGGUGGAGCUGCUGCCCUACUUGGGAAGCCCUGAGCAGCUCCGGGAUGCUGUCUUUGUCCUUGAGGAGCUGCACAACAAGGUUGCCUCGCUGGUCCAGUUGCUGCCCAGAGACGUCAUCCUAUGGCAGCCGUGCCAGUCUGUGUUUUGCUACUGUCAGAUUGCGGUGGACAAGCUGAUGCUGGAUGGCUUGUUGGUUGCUGAAGAGGUGCCCAGCUUGGUGUGUGAUACAGCCCAGAAGGGUCUCACCAAGAGGCUGCUUUCGAAGCACAUGGAUGACUUUGAAGACACUGACAGUGACUAUGAUGAAGAGACUGGAAAGAAGUGCUUUAAACUAAGCCACCAGGAAAACUGCACAGAAGUCUUUAUGUUUCUCUGCUGCCUUCUGGGCCCCUUGCUAAAGACCUUGAGGAGAGCUGUGGUCUUCCUGGGGGAAUCAGAGUGGCCCCAGCCAGAAUCUCAGUACAUGGAGAAGCUGCACCAGUUUUUGGUGAGGAAGGCAAAUGAAGACUGUUCUUUUGACUGUGCCAACAAGACUCUGGCUGCUGUCUCCGUCACCAUUUAUAAAGAACUGGGGGUUCUGCGAGAACAGCCAGGGCAGACAGGACCCAUUCUCUACCUCUCUGAGUGUUUUGUUGCUAAAGAGAACCAAGAGAAACUGGGAAAAUUCAUUGAGCAGUUUAUCUGGCAGUCAGCCUACUAGUUCCUGCUUCC